CAGGGUUGGGGGGAGGAGGUAGCUUGGGGCCUGAUAAGAGGUCUGUGAAGGCCAGCAGUGGGCAGACAGGUUUGUGGAUCCCACCCAUAGCUGGUUCAUUCACUGUGGAGGAGGCUGCUGUUGUUUGACCAUGGUUGGUGUGCAGACGGAGAUGGUCCUGUCCAGUCGGCCUUGGAGGGGACCCUUCCACAUCUAUGGUGGACUGGCAUGCAACUCGCUCAUGGCUGACUUGUGGUCAGACAGGACUCCUCUUCACGAUGCCGCCUACCAGGGUAGACUCCUGACCCUGAGGACUCUGGUCUCACAGGGGUUUCCUGUGGACAUGCUGACAAUGGACAGGGUCUCUCCCCUCCACGAGGCCUGCCUCGGAGGACAUUACGCCUGCACCAUGUUCCUACUGGAGAACAGGGCCAAUGUGGAGAUGGUAUCGACUGAUGGAGCCACACCCCUCUUCAAUGCCUGCAGCAGUGGGAGUGUUGCCUGUGUCAGACUGAUUCUACAGUACAGCCCCAACACACAUGCUGUCCAUCACCUGGCUUCACCCAUCCACCAGGCUGCAAAGAGAGGUCACAGGGAGUGUCUAGAGGUGUUGCUGUCCCAUGGAUUCCACAUAGACCUGGAGCUGCCUGGUGUGGGAACCCCUUUGUACACAGCCUGUCUGGCCCAGGCCACCGACUGUGUGGAGAGACUGCUGCAAUCAGGUGUUGAUGUCCAGGGUGGGUGUGGUCAAGACACACCAUUACAUGCUGCAGUGCGAGGGGGAGAAAUCAGGGUGGUGGAGCUUCUGAUGGACUACGGGGCUGAUGGGAGUUGUAGGAAUUCAGACGGGAAGACUCCUCUGGAGCUGGCAGCUUGCGACAGUACAGUCAGAACUACAAUACAGAAAAGAGGUCCCUGCACUCUCUCUCAGCUGUGUCGGUUCUGCAUUCGGAGGAGUUUGGGACAGGCUCGUCUGGACAGAACAUCAGCCCUCUUCCUCCCUUACAGACUCCAGGCUUUCCUGCUUUACCAGUAACACUGAAACGGCAACCUUUUUACAAAUGUUUGGUCGUUUGUAUUUUUUUAUAGCUAUUUUAAUCGACUUCUACUUGUUCAAUGUUUUUAGCAGUGAGUUGGUGACUGAACAAAUGAAUGGUUUUGUUUUUCUUGGUUUAAUAGAAACUGGGUUGACUGACUUUUGUAGCGUUUCUCUUCUCAAGGUGCUGUAUUUUUCUAAUAAAAUGAUCAUAUUCAACAUA